ACAUCACCGUCGUUACGAACUUUUCUUUGAACAUCGACAUGAUGCGUUACUCUGCUUCUGCCCUUCUUGCUCUGGCCGCCAGCGUGGCAGCCCAGUCUCGCGGUUUCAACUACGGCGCCUUGGACCUCGACGGCUCUCCACGAACUCUUCAAGACUUCACCGAUCAGUUCAACGCCGCCAAGGCUCUCCCUGGCACCAAUGGCCAAUUCACCUCCGCCCGUCUCUUUACCAUGAUCCAGGCUGGUUCGUCUAACAACCAGGUCAUUGCCGCCAUCCAGGCCGCCAUCGACACCGACACUUCCCUCUUGCUCGGUCUCUGGGGCAGUGGAGGCCAAGAGGGAUUCAAUGCAGAACUUGGAGCCCUCCGAUCCGCAAUCGAGCAGUACGGCGAUGCGUUCACAUCCCGCGUCGUCGGUAUCUCAGUUGGUUCUGAGGAUCUCUACAGAGAAUCGCCAACCGGGAUCCUCAACGAGAGCGGCGUGGGUGCUGGCCCACAGACCAUCGUGAGCUAUAUCGACCAGCUCCGUGAGCUCAUCGCCGGUGGCCCUCUCGCAAACGCCCCCGUCGGCCACGUCGACACCUGGCCGGCCUGGACCAAUGGCUCCAACUCUGCUGUCAUCGAGGCUGUGGACUGGCUCGGGGUGGACGCCUACCCUUACUUCGAGAACACUGUGGCCAACGGUAUUGAGAACGGCGAGUCUCUCUUCUUCGAGGCCCUCGAUAAGACCCGUGGAGUCGCCAAUGGCAAGUCUGUGUGGGUCACUGAGACAGGUUGGCCCGUUGAGGGACCAGCUUCCGGCGCCGCCCAGGCCGGCACAGACAACGCUCAGACCUAUUGGAACAACGUCGCGUGCCGACUCUUGGACACAGACACCAACCUUUGGUGGUUCACCCUCGACGACGACCAAGCCACCUCGGAUGACGUAUCCUUCUCGCUCGUCAACCCAUCCGACCUCACCGGCCAGCCUCUCUACGACCUGUCCUGCUCCAACGCUUCUUCGUCCAGCAGCUCCGCCUCCUCUUCCGUCCCAUCGACAUCCUCUUCCGCUCCAUCGAUGACCUCCUCCGUUGAAUCCGCAUCCGUCGAUCCUCUCCCAUCGAUGUCCGUGUCGUCCGAGCCAUCUGCCUCUGUCGACCCUCUCCCGUCGAUGUCCAUCUCGUCCGAGCCAUCGAGCUCCUCCGUCAUGGUCUCCGUCGACCCGAUCCCAGGCAGCGUCAGCUCUACCCUGUCCUCCUUCGAGACUGUCCCCGUCACGACUGCUGCCGAUGCGGGAUCGAGACCAUCAGACGUUGCUGGCGGUGAGGGUCCAGCAGUCGUGACCAGCACUUCUGUCGUUGCUGCUCCCGCUCCAACCGGCGAGGACAGCUCCGCUGCUCCAGCUGCUCAGACUACUGGCCCACAGACAUAUGAAGGCGCUGCUACUCGCGUUGCUGGCGGUGCCGCCGCCGGUCUGGCCGCUGUCUUUGCUCUUUUCUUGUAGAAUAUUGAAAGGCUAGAUGUACGACUGGGAAGCAGACCAGUGCAUUUGCACAUAUCGGGAUGAGAAACAAACAUGAUUAUAAUAUAGAUUUUGCUUAGAGCUUAAUGACAGUAAAUAUCCAAUACCAGAUCUUCCGUCCC